ACCCAAUUCCCCUCCAGCCCUGAGCCAGGAGCAGCUCUCAGUAUUGGUGAGGCACAGAGCACUUGAGCUAUUUCAGCUACACGCAAAGCAUCGGAAUUGAGAUCGCAGCUCAGAGGACACCGGGCAUCCCUUCCACCUUCUGAGGAGCCUGUGUUCUUGCACCUACCUGCCUGGGACUUUCCUUAAGCAGUAAACAAAUCCACAAAGCAGGGAUAAGACGUGGUGAAUAUGUCGAAACAGCCAGUUUCCAAUGUCAGAGCCAUCCAGGCAAAUAUCAAUAUCCCAAUGGGAGCCUUCCGGCCAGGAGCUGGGCAACCCCCCAGAAGAAAAGAGUGCACUCCGGAAACGGAGGAGGGUGCUCCUCCCACCUCAGAUGAGGAGAAGAAGCCAAUUCCAGGAGCGAAGAAACUUCCAGGACCUGCGGUCAACCUAUCAGAGAUCCAGAAUAUUAAAAGUGAACUGAAAUAUGUCCCCAAAGCUGAACAGUAGUUGCAAGAAAAAAGGCUUGAUGUGAAGAAUUGAAGAGGAAGAGGACGCAAAUGAAAAUAGCUCACUAAAAAGUUUUCUAUAUUUGUAUGAAGAUUAUGAACCUCCUGAAUGCCUAAGACUCUAGCAGAAAUGUCCUGUUUGUACAUUUAUAUCUCUUCCUUCUAGUUGGCUGCACUUCUUUAAUUUGUCUUCGUGUUUGGCACCUUGCAGAGCAAAUCAACUUAAUAAUUCACCAUUCGGAGGGUGUGGUUUUUGAGGAGAGAGAUGAUUUUAGGAAAGGGCAAGGGCAACAUGCACAACAAGGAUUUUGAUGGGAAGUUCUCUACGCUAUUUCCCACAGUAUUUCGAGCAGUAUUUGGAAUGUUAUUUUAGUUCUUCACCUUCUAAAUUAUGUCAGUAAGCUUUUUAUGAGUUCAAAUAAACACUUGAGUACACAUAAAAUGUGAA